AUGUCUCAAAUUUAUCAAAAACCUCAAUCUAAACCGGCCUCAGAGUACAAUGCUAUAGAGACGACUCACAAAUCAAGUCCUAGUUUCGAUGCUGAAGCUGAUGCUGCUCGGGUUCUUCAAGAUACAAAAGCUUUCGUUAAAGACCGAGAUACCUUAGUAUCAGUUAUCAAUCAAUCCGACAAUCUUCUUUCUCGUCUUCGUGAAUUCGGUCAAGAUCAUUGGAUGUUAGCUUACCCAAAUGACUCAGUCAAAUCGAACAUUUCACAAACCGGACUUUCUAACAUCGGUCCACACUUACGUCGAAUCGCUUCAGAGUUUGAUGGGAAUGGUAAUGUCACUAGGCCAUCUUGUCACCCACGUUCGGCUACCACUAUCGAGUCUGUUCACGAUGUUCAACCUUCAGGAGUCCUUAACAUCCUCGCUGUGGAUCAUCCUAGCUUACCUGGACGUCGAACUUCUGGCGCUAUCAAAGAUAUUGAAUCGUCUUUACUCAUGCGUCAAUCUUUGGCUUCAAUGUUAUGUUCUCGCUUGGAAUCAGUUCAGUCUCAUCUUGGUGACCUUCGUACUCGUGUCAUGGAUCAAAACUCUAGAAUCCUGGUGACCGGUGAUUUAAAUGCUGGAAAAUCUACUUUUGUGAAUGCUCUUUUGGGAAGAGAAGUAGCUCCUACCGAUCAACAACCAUGUACUGAGGUGAUGUGCGAGAUUUUGGACAUGUCACAUAAUAGUUCCAAGGAAGAGAUUCAUGCGAUACCACAUGGUAUGACUUACAAUAUGGAGGACACUUCAACCUAUGAUAUUUUUGAAAUUGAACGCUUGUCCGAAUUAGUCUCUCAAGCUAAUGACGAGGAUGAAGAUGAGCAAUCGAGUCCAUACCAAUUACUCAAAGUUUAUAUUGCCCCUCAAACCGCGAUUCAAAAGCAAUCUGAAGAUUCUCCCCGCACGGAUGCCAUCUCCUUACUUCGUAAUGGAAAUAUUUCAGUCUCCUUCAUUGAUUCACCUGGUCUCAAUCGUGAUACACUUUCAACUAUGGAAUUAUUCUCAAAACAAUCUACAAUUGAUGUGGUAGUCUUUGUAGUAAGUGCUGAGAACCAAUUCACACUCUCAGCCCAAGAAUUUUUAUGGGCUGCAAGUCAAGAGAAAGCCUAUGUGUUCGUAGUCGUCAAUAAAUGGGGUGGUAUUAAAGAUAAAGUUAAAGCUGAAAGAAGGAUUCGAGAACAAUUGAGAAAACUUAGUCCAGGGACUUGGGAAGAAAGAACUGAAUUAGUUCAUUUUGUUGAUUCUCAAGAUGCUAUUAUCUCAACUCAACCAGCUCAAACUUACACUCGUCAUCUACUUCAAGACCUUUCAGUCAUCUCUCAAAUCAAUGUUGAAGCAGCUCAAAAGCUCUAUGAAGAAGGUAACAACCGUCUCAGGAGUGCUUUACCGCGUUACGAGCAGUUAUUAGCCACUUCGAGUGUUUUAGAAGAUAGUGUUUGUAAGAUUGAAGAAGACACCGUCAUCAGCGUUCAUCGCUCUGGCAAACAAAUCCUUACCUCGGCUAUUCAACAAAUCAAGCUGGGUGAACUUCCGAUUUUCCCAGAAACGCUCGGCUUACCUAAGCCUUACUUUCCAGUUUACGAUGGUCUAUUGACGAUCUUUCAGUAUGCGGAAGAUGUUCGAAAGGCUUUCUUAGCUGCAUUAGAGGAUAGUGUCAUGGUUGCAGAGGACGUAGCUCGAGGCUGUACUGCCAAGGCUGUGGAGACCAUCAGACAUGAUCCGGCAACCACCGAUAUCUUGAGCCAAGAUGACACCAAAGUUCGCACCUUCAACCCCAAGGCAAUGUUCUCCCGCAGACGUCGAUUUGGUCUCUCGAGAUCUGCUGCAUCAAACGGCGACAACGCUGAGGCUCGUCAACUACAAGAAUUUGCAGCUGCUACCAAGUCCUUGGGUGUUGCUGGCUUUGGUGAUUUGAUUGAUUUCGAUAGAUUGAAUUGGUUUGGUGGUCGUACAGAAGAUUUAUCAAAAGUAGAAGAAGAGAGUGCUUUGACUCAUGGAUCAUGGAUCGGUAGUGUCGGUCUUGGAACUCUCACACUCUUUGGAACUGGUGUGACAGGCGGUAGAGCAUUUGUAGAAACUAUGGUGAAAGUUUCUGAGAUCCUUGGUAGUAAAGGUGCACGUAAAUGGACUGGUGCUGCAAUUGGUAUCAUGACCGUUGCAUUUGGAGUAUACCUUAUUGCUGACAUCCCACGUGCAAUCCCUCACAACAUUGGACGUAAACUUGAACGAGAAUUAAAUGAAUUAGUUUCCUCAUGUCCAGAUGCACCCACAAGUUGGGUCGAAAGUGAAGUAGAAAGACUUACGAAAGAAACACGAAAAGUGGUCAGAUUGGCAGGAUGGGAUUUAAGACAAAGGUUUAGAAGUGCAUUAGAAGAAGCUGGAGUGGAAACUGAUGGAGCUAAAGCUGAAGUUCAAAAAGCUAUUGAAGCAUUGGCUUGGCUUGAAGGAUUUGGUGAAGAAGUGGGAAGUUUAAGAAGUUUGGUGGAUGGUGAUGAUGCGGUUAAAUUGGCUGAAUGGAAACGUUGA